AUGCUCUGCGUCGCGUCUUACUCGUUUCUAACUCGCUUGUUUUCAGAGCCUGUACCAGGCCGUGUCGCUAAGAGCCUGUGGUCGUGUCCGACGUGGCAGGGAUUCUUGUACGAGGAGCCGUCGGGGUACUUCGGCACGGCAACGGAGGAGGCCGUCAUCAAGUGGCAGACGAGCAACGCGCUGGUGCCGGCGCGCGGCAUAGUGGGGUACUCGUCGCGCGUGGCGUACGCGCGGAAGCACGGGCUGCCCACCACGGAGCAGCUGCGCGCCAUGGAGAAGGCCGCCGAGGGGUGUGAGGUGCGGCGGUGCAUAGAGAUCGAUGCGCACAAGCGGAACGGCAUGGAGCUCUGGGAGCGAUGCCUAGCGGAGGACGCAUCCCUGGCUGAUCGCAUGCACCUCUGCAGCGAGGCGUGCCAAAUGGCGGUCAGUGAGGCGUGUGACAAGGUCGUCGUCGCAAUGGCAUCAGCGGCGUAUCAUGCGUCAUUAACAGCAAAUGGCAUUCGAUGCGCCACUGACGGCGCAGUAAAGCUCUCGCAAUCAAGGCGGUGCUCGUUUUCCGGCGCCAGGCGUAUCGACGGUGGGCUCCCAUGCCGUCGAGAUCACGCCAGCCCGCGCGGAGUCGCCGUUCGAGCGUCGGUCGAAAUGACCGAAGCGGAGAAAGAGGGUUGGCGGAAACGGCGGAACGAGGCAGCGGAGGAGGCGGCGCAGAAGGCGGAGAAGGAGGCGGAGGCGGCGGAGGCGGGCGCGGUGGACGAGUGGCGGUGGACGCUCAAUUGGAACCACAUCCUGCCCAACCUCAUCGUCGGCUCCUGCCCUCGCUCGCCGGACGACGUUGACCGCAUAGCGGACGAGGCGGGGGCGACGGCGAUCCUGAACCUGCAGUCCGACCUCUGCUUCGACGCGCUGCAGAUUCCGUUUGAGAGCAUUCGGGCGCGGGCGGUGGAGCGAGGGGUGCUGCUGGCGCGAGUGCCAAUCAGAGACUUCGACCACGGCGACCAGGCGUUCAUGCUACCGGAGGCGGUGCGGGUGGUGAACGUGCUGCUGCACCGCGGGCACACGGUGUACGUGCACUGCACGGCGGGCAUCAACCGCGCGUCGCUCACGUGCGUGGCGUACCUCUACUUCGUGCAGGGGCUGCGCCGCGACGAGGCUGUCACGCUCGUCAAGAAUGCUCGCCCCAUCGCGCACCCGUACCUGGACUGCCUGGCGGACGCCAAGCGGCGGCUGCUGGAGGGGCGGCAGGAGGAGAUGACGGCGCUGGCCACUCAGAUCUACGAGCAGCGCAACAACGGGGGGCACACCGGCUCCGCCACCUCUGAUUGGUCCGCCGCCCAGACGACUGCCAUAGCAGCAUCCUUCCGCAAGUUCCUCGAGGUCGACAAUGGCCUGCUGUCCAUGGAGGACGACCUGGCAGCAGCGGCAGAGGCGAGGCGGCAGCAGCAGGAGGAGGAGAGCGACGACGAGCGCGGCGAGGCCGUGGCAGCGGAGAUUGAGCGGCUGACAGGGGAGCUGCGGCAGCAGCGGGAGGAGAUCCAGCAGCUGCAGGCGGCGGCGCGGCAGUGGAAGCUGCAGAAGGAGCAGGCGGAGGGCAUGGUGCAGCUGCUGCAGCAGGAGCUGGCCAUGAAAGACGCUGCCGCUGCUGCUGCCGCCGCGGCUGGCGCUGCAGCAGGAGGGGGAGCUAGCAGCUUGAAGGUGGCAGGGAGCACCACCAAUGGAGUUGCUGUGGUAGCGAGUGUGGAAGGGGCCAAUGGUGUUGCCAAUUCAAAGCCCGUGGGAUCUGCAAAGUCUGCAAGUGGCCCACCAGAGUCACUCAAGGUUGCUGAGGAUCUGGUGUCAGCAGCGUUUGCAGCGGCGCGCACGUCGAAGGUGACAACGAUAGUGUGGUUCCGCCGCGACCUGCGCGUCGAGGACAACCCCGCUCUCAUCGCGGCGGCGCAGCAGGGCGCGGUGGUGCCGCUCUUCGUGUGGUCCCCGGAGGAGGAGGGACAGUUCUUCCCCGGCCGCGUGUCGCGCUGGUGGCUGCGCAACUCGCUCUCGCAGCUGCACGCCGCGCUCACGGCUCUGGGCGUGCCGCUGUUCAUGCGGCGCGCCAAGUCGACCCUGGCGGUGCUGCUGGAAGUCAUGGCGGCCACCGGCGCCACGCAGGUCUUCUACAACCACCUCUACGGUGCGCUGCCCUCCGCCCAUCGCCCCUCCCUGUUUCCGUGCAUGGGCUUCUCAAAUCUGGCCCUUUCCUUCUCGUCCCUCCAUUACCCCGCGUCGUUGGUGCGCGACCACCGCGUGAAGCAGGAGCUGAGUCGGCGCGGAGUGGUGGUGCGCUCGUUCAACGCGGAUCUGCUCUUCGAGCCCUGGGAGAUCUUCGACGACCACGGCAAGGCCUUCACCACCUUCCGCUCCUUCUGGCGCCACUGCCUGCACCACCCGCGCCCCUCGCGCCCCGACCCGCCGCUCCCCGCGCCCGCGCGCCUGUGCGGGCCGCUGGGGUUCGUGCGGAGCGUGGCGGUGGACCUGCUGGGGCUCGAGGCGGACGACGAGCGCCCCAGCAACGACCUGCUCGCGCGCGCCUGGCUGCCCGGCUGCACCAACGCGGACCGCGCGCUCGUCGCGUUCCUGCACGGGCCGCUGCUCGAGUACGCCGCGAACCGCAGCAAGGCGGACAGCGCGACGACGUCGCUGCUCUCCCCGCACCUGCACUUCGGCGAGAUCUCCGCGCGCCGCAUCUUCCACGAGUGCCAGCGCCUCAGCGUCGCGUGGCAGAAGGACGGCCUUCCGCGCGCGGCGGAGAGCGUCGCGCAGUUCGUGCGCGCGCUGGGCUUCCGCGAGUACUCGCGCUACCUCUCCUUCAACUUCCCCUUCACGCACGAGCGCUCGCUCCUCGCGAACCUCAAGCACUUCCCGUGGCGCGUGGACGAGCACAUGUUCAAGCUAUGGCGGCAGGGGCGCACGGGGUACCCGCUCGUCGACGCGGGGAUGCGCGAGCUGUGGGCGACGGGGUGGCUGCACAACCGCAUCCGCGUGGUGGUGGCGUCGUUCUGCGUGAAGUUCCUGCAGCUGCCGUGGCGGUGGGGCAUGAAGUACUUCUGGGACACGCUGCUCGACGCCGAUCUCGAGGCCGACGUGCUGGGCUGGCAGUACAUCAGCGGCUCGCUGCCCGACGGCCACGAGCUGGAUCGCAUGGAUGAUCCCGAGGAGGACGGGUAUCGUUUUGACCCCGAGGGGGAAUACGUGCGGAGAUGGGUGCCGGAACUCGCGCGUGUGCCGACGGAUUGGAUCCACCACCCGUGGGACGCGCCGCCCGUCGUGCUGCGCAUGGCGGGGGUGGAGCUCGGCGCGAAUUACCCGCGGCCGGUGCUUGAUGUGCUGACGGCGCGGCAGCGGCUGCAGGAGGCGGUGGAUACGAUGUGGCAGCGCGAGGCGGCGCUGAAGGCGGCGGCCGCCAACGGGUGCGAUGAGGGGCUGGGCGACACGGAGGAGGUGCUCGUCGCGUUCUCGCGCGCGCCCGACCACCGCCUGCCCAUGCGCGUGCACACCGCGCUCGUGCGCCCCGAGCUCAGCUGCGCCAACGGCGCCUCCGCCCCCGCCGCGUCGCACAGCACGCUGGUGGCCAGCGCGAGGGGCGGCGGAGGGGGGUUGGCGCGCUCCGCGUCGUGCGACUCCGCCGCCGCCAGUGGGGUCGGGCCGUGGCGCGGGCCUGCGGAUAACGGGGAGGGGGAGGCGCAGGGGGGGCGCGCGGGCGGGGAGGAACUCCCCCUGGCUGUUCAGAUGGAGGCGGCAGCGGCGGCGGUGAUGGCGGCGGACAGGGCGGGGAAGGCGGCGCGAGGACCGGCGGAGGGGGAGUGCGGGGAGGCGAAAAAGCAAGUCGCGGAUGGAGAACCGGCGGAACUGGCGGCGGGGAGAGCGGACGGCGCGGACGGGGGGGCCGGUGCGGGCGGGGUUGCGCCGGGCGUGGUCCCGUGGAACGACCAGAUGGUGCCGUACUUCCCUUCCCCCGCCACCAUCCAGGCGGCGGAAGCCAUUCUCGCGGGGGACGCCGCCGCCGCCGCGCACGCCAUGCAGGCGGAAGGCGUGCAGCCGCCGUUCCCCAAGGACGCGCCGGCGGAAGAGAAGGGCACUCGCCCCCCUGCGCCGGGGGCGCCGGAGCAGCCGGCUGCGGGGAAGGGGAACGUGGCGGGCGGGGCGACGUCGGCGCUGCCGCGCUGGGCGGCAGUUCUGGGCGGGCAGGGCGGGGCAGCCGGGCACGGGACGGUGGAAGGGCUGUCCCCGUCCGCGCGCGUGUCCAGUCUGGUGGAACUGCAGCUGUUCCCCUCUGCCCCGCGCCCUGCCCCCGCCGAUGGGGCGCGUGCGCCGAAGGGGAAAGUGGCGGAAGGAUCGAAGAAGGACGGUGGGGGGACGCCGGGGAAGGAAGGCGGGGGAGUGCUGGGGAAACGCGGGUUCAGUAACGUGUGGGGAGAUGACACGCCGUUCCCAUCUACCAUGUUCCGAAGAGUGAAAGAUGAAACGCCGUUCGUACCCGUACUGGUGCAACAGCAACUACGGCAGUACCAGCAACAACAGCAGCAGCGGCAGGCGCAAGAGGGGCAGGAGCAGCACCUGGCGGCGAUGAGGGCGGGUGUGACGGCCGAGGUGGGGCAAAAGCUGAUGGCGCUGCAGCAGCAGCAGCAGCGGCUGGCGGCGGGCAAUGCCACGAAUGCGCGCGACCGCUGCAAUGCGCCCAACGACCCCGCCGGUGCAACUAGGGCGGCGCCAGGCGCAGCAGUCGCGGAUGCAGCUGCGCCAGGCGCGGCGGAGCAGCAGAGGGGCGGGGCGGGCAGGGAGGCGGGCGGGGCGAGGGGCGGGGCGGGGGCGCUGUACGCGGGGCCGACAGGGCGCGUGGCGCUGACAGGCCUGCCGUUCCGCGUGAGCGCCAUGGCAGAGGCGGGCGCCACCAGCACUGGCGGCGCUGGCGGGGACGGCAGAAUACCUCACGCCCACACGCACGCCCACGCACAGGGACAGGCACAGGCGCAUGUGCAGGCGCAUGCACAAGCGCAGGCGCAGGCAGAGGUGGAGGCACAGGCGCAGGCGGAGAUAGAGGCGCAGAUAGAGGCACAGCUGGGCGGACAUGCUGCUGCAGCAGCUGCCGCAGCAGCGGCAGCGGGCCGGGCGCAGCAGCGGGGGCUGCGGUCGCCACAACGGAGCAAGCCCGAGCGGCUCUCCAGUGAGGUCAGUUGGCCUCCCAGCGCCAUGCUCUGCGACCUGCUUCUCAGCCCACACCAUCUCUACUCCUCCCUGCUCCAUGCCCCUGUUCUGAGGCGCCAAGUCUGCUCCUUGUUCUCCUUGCUUUUCCCCCCGGCCCUUCCUCUCCUGCUUAUCCUGCCCCCAGCUGUUUCUAACAAGCCCUCUCCACUCUCUCCUCUUCCUCUCUCCCCUCUGCAGGAUGCGGCAGCAGCAGCCAUGGGCAAGAAGGGGUGGGGCCCGCUCACCUUCCUCUCCCUCGUGUCGCCACACCUACCGCACCACCAGCACCACCCAGCAGACCCCCACGCCCUGCCCACCUUUCCCCCGGCCGCUGCUCCGCAAGAAGGGGUGGUGCCCAGGCAGCACAUCCGCCUCUUCCCCUCCUGA